GCUUUUUGUCGGUUUUUAUCCAUCAUUUGCAAUACUGAAGACAAAGAUAUCAGUUUAUACAGCAGACAUUGACAUCCCUUUUUAAGUGAAGUGUAUAAAGUAUGGAGAGCCUGCCACGCUCUGCCGGUGUUUUGCCCUCAGCUGUCGUGCAGGCAGGCGGACACAGAGAGGCGGUGCUGGCCCUCCCCCCCCUCCUCCCCUCCAACACUGUCUGCUUAAACAGGCUCCGUCAGUCCUCGCAGGGAUGGAGAUGUUAGGCGAGCAGCAGCAUGCUCUUAGUCACUGAGCGCAGGAAAAAACAGCAAUGGAAAAUAUAUCAGGAGCUGAGAGGAAAUGCGCGGUGUGGUGAUAGUGUGGUUGUCCCGCAAUGAGCCGCCGACCUCCGAGCCUGUCAGUGGAGCAGGACGGGACAUGAGGGCAGCGUGGAUCCUGACUGUGAGCGCCCUGAUCAGCGCUCAGACUGCCGGAGGAUCUCCGCUGCUCCUGGAUCCUGAGGUUUUUCUGGAAAAGUAUGGCUACCUUCAUGAGGACAACCACAUCCACAAUGCAGUUGAGAUGCAGUCAGCCAUCCGGGAGUUCCAGUGGCUGUCCCGUCUUCCUGUCACCGGUGAACUUGACAGCGCCACCCUGAGGCAGAUGGCAGAGCCCCGCUGUGGGGUGUCAGAUGAGGGCAGCCAGCAGAUCUGGGCCCAGAGGGUCAACACCAUCUUCACCGGAGGCAGUGUCAGUACAGCAGGGCGAGCACAGCGCCGCAGGAAGCGAUCUUCAGCUGAGAAGUGGUACAAGCGUCAUCUGACCUACCAGAUCGUGAACUGGCCACGCCACCUGUCUCCUGGCUCGGUGCGGCUGGCUGUGCGCGCUGCCUUUCAGCUGUGGAGCAACGUGUCAGGCCUGGUCUUCCAGGAGGCCCCUGAAGGACCCGCAGACAUCCGGCUGGCCUUUUACGAGGGAGACCACAACGACGGGGCCAGCAACGCCUUUGACGGACCAGGAGGAACUCUGGCUCACGCCUUCCUGCCUCGCCGCGGGGAAGCCCACUUCGACAUGGCGGAGAGGUGGACACUGAACGGACACAAGGGACACAACCUGUUCAUGGUGACCGCCCAUGAGAUCGGACACACUCUGGGACUGGAGCACUCCCCCGUCCGUCACGCUCUCAUGUCGCCGUACUACAGGAAACUGGGCCGCAGCCUGGUACUGAGCUGGGACGACAUCAUCGCCGUGCAACAGCUGUAUGGUAAGCCACUGGGCGAUCGUCCUGUGCGACUUCCAGGUCAGGUGUUGCACGCUGCACUGCAGGAGUGGGAGUUCACAGAGAUCCACGACGGGCAUCAGACCACAGGCCAGCCUCUCUACUGCCAGGGCGUCUUUGAUGCCAUCACUAUGGACCAGAAUGGGACGGUGCUGGUGUUUCGGGGCAGUGUGUACUGGACAGUAUCAGCUGAAGGCGGUGUGAGCGGCCCGCUGCCUCUCAUUCAGCGCUGGUCUGACCUCCCUCUGGCCAUCGAGGCCGCUGCCUUCUCCCCGCUGGACUCCAAGUGGUAUUUCUUCAAAGGGAAGCGGAUGUGGCGCUACACCGGCAGCGUGCUGGACCCGGGCUUCCCCAUGAAGAGCAGCGAGUCGGGGCUGCCUCGCCACCCUGACUGUGCCUUCUAUUACACCCCUCUGGGUCACAUGGUCCUCUUCAAGGGCUCCCGCUACUUUGUCCUCAACCUCAAAACUCUGCGCCAAGAGCCCUACUACCCCCGCAAGCUGACAGAUUGGAACGGAGUGCCACAAGGGACCAAUGGGGCGCUGACCCGUCCAGACGGGCGCCUCUACCUGUUCAGAGAACAGCGGUUCUGGAGAUUUGACCCGGUAAAGGUGCGAGUCACCAAAGAGGGUCUGUGGGCCAAGGAUCUGAGCUGGACUGGCUGUAGCAACACUCCUCAGAACAACAGCAUCCUUUGACCAGCAGAGGGAGCUGUAUUCUUUAGAUAAAGUGCAAUGAGUUGACGUGUACUGUACUGCAGAGGGGCUAUCUUUUUUUUAUAUAGCAAAGACCCACAUUUAGAUCAUGAGUUGCAGCCUGGUUCAUUAAACUCAUGCCAUGUAGGGGCUUCCAAAAAUAAGCCCACACAUAUUGAGGCACAUACAGUAUUUAUACUGCAGAACAAUUCAUAGUACUGUAUAUGGAUGUGCAAUUAUAGCCUUGUUAAUAGAGUUUGAAUAAUAAUAAUAGGAAUUGCACACUGUGAAGUGAGCAGGAUAGAAAUGCUUUGUUAGAUGACACUGCAGCUGGAUCUGUGCUUUUAAAACCAUCGUCUUCUCUCUUGUAGCAUUUGCACACUGACAGAAAACCUAGAAAUGUGUUUUUUAUCAUCUCUCUAACAAUGACAGCAACAUGUAAGAUGUAUAAACCACUGUUACUUAUUUUGGCCUGUGAUUGUGCUCUCUCCCAUAUACUUGCCGUAGAUGUUUGAAUGAGUAACCAGACUAAAGUGACAAUUGUUUCAA